UACGAUAAAAUAGAAAAAUGUUACGUAGACAAGCGAGACUUCGCAGAGAGUAUCUCUACAGAAAAUCGGUUCAGGAUAAAUUGAAAAACAUUCAAGACAAAAAAGAGAAAUUGAAACGUAGUUUAGAAGAAAAUAUACCGAUACAUCCGGAUCUGAGAAAGGAAGCGUUACACGUACAGAAGAAAUUAGAAUGGGAAGACGCUGGUCCACAGAUGGCUGUAGCCAUAGGGACAGAGGCGGGUGGAACACUAGGCUCUCAUGAAGACGAUGAAUACAGAUGGGCAGGAGUAGAGAAUCCAAAAAUUGUAAUUACCACCUCUAGGGAUCCCAGUUCCAGAUUGAAGAUGUUUGUUAAGGAGUUGCGGUUAAUAUUUCCCAAUUCUCAGAGGAUGAAUAGAGGAAAUUAUGAAAUGAAACAGCUUAUACAUGCAUGUCGGGCAAACGAUGUUACAGACUUCAUAAUUGUACAUGAGCAUAGAGGUGUACCUGACUCAAUUGUUAUUUGUCACUUACCGUAUGGACCUACUUCGUAUUUUACAAUGUCUGAUGUUGUCAUGAGACACGAUAUACCAGACAUUGGAACAAUGUCAGAACAAUAUCCUCAUCUUAUAUUCCACAAUUUCAAAACAAAGUUGGGAGAAAGAGUCACAAGCAUUUUGAAAUACUUAUUUCCUGUACCAAAGGAGGAUAGCAAAAGAGUAAUCACGUUUGCAAAUCAUGAUGAUUAUAUUUCUUUUCGACAUCACACUUAUAAGAAAGUUAAUGGAAAAGAUAUUGAGUUAACAGAAGUGGGACCACGAUUUCAGUUGAAAUUGUACGAAAUUAAACUAGGUACAUUAGAUGCAGAAUCAGCUGCAGACACAGAAUGGGCUUUAAGACCUUACAUGAACACUAGUCACAAGAGAAGAUUUUUAUCUAAUGAAGAUGGAUGGCAGCAGGAAGAUGAUGUAUAGACACUUUGGAUGGU